AUGACCUCGGACCAGACUUUCGAAACCGUCUUCAACGUCCCCAUGGAGUGCCAGGCGUGUGUGGAGUCCGUGGAGGCGGCGCUCCGCCAAUUGCCCCUCCACGGAUUCAAGGCCGACUUGAAAACCGAGACCGUCACCGCCGUCGGCCAGGUCUCGCCAUCCGCCAUAGUCAAGGCCAUCCAGGAAACCGGCAAGGACGCCAUCAUCCGCGGCACAGGCAAACCAAACUCGGCGGCAGUGUGUAUUCUAGAGACCUUUGAUGAAAGCGACAGGGAACAUCCCGUCAAGGGCUUGGCACGCAUCGUGGCCGUCAGCGACCAGCAUAUCUACGUGGACUUGACCGUGAACGGCCUAGCGCAGGGCGUGUACUACCCGCAGAUCCGGGCCCUGGGCAACUUGAGCCGCGGCGCCGAAUCCACGGGCAGUCUUUUCCACGCCUUUUCGGCCGUGGAGGUCAACCAGCCUUCUAGCGCAGAGUCCACGGUGCACUCCAU